UAGGCAGUGGUGUUACCAUGACGAACAUUUUCUUAAGCUUCCGCGGCUCAGAGCAGGAGGGACUCAACUCGCCGAGGGCUGGGUUUAAAAAGACAGGGGGGAAAGACGAGGAGAAGGAAACGAGGGACGCUCUCUGAGAGACCCUCGCUUUCCUUUGAAUAAACAUCGCCCAGUUUUAAGAUCCCCGCUCGAGCCUUCUGUAGGAGAAGCCAGUCAUUUUGCUCCUUCUCCAGUUCGCGGCUCGUUCUAAACUUCAGCAGGCGGUCGGCAGAAUCGGAAACCGAGUAGCCCUCUCAAGGUUUCCCCUCCCCUUCCGCCCUCCCCUUAUGGAAAUCCAGGGGGGUUUCCCAGACUGUGGAAGCCAGAAUUACAGGAGGUGGAGGGAAAUCGGCGGGACUCGUCUCUGCCCGUGAGUCGCCACGAUCGAUCAAGAGCCGUUGCUCCGGUCGUUUGCUGGCUGCACGCUGUUCCCGAGGCCGCCGACUUGGAGCUGCGACUGCGUGGAUUGUCUGCUUGUCUAGAAAGAGUCCUUUCGUGUCUGCUCGUCUCGCGCUCCCGGGACAACCGUAAAUCAGUUUUGGUUGAAGACGGUAUCCAGGGAACCCAUUUCUCUCUCUGGGAGAUGCCUGCUGGUUGUUGCUAAGGUUGCUUCCACAGUAACAUGUGCAUCUUGUUUACACCUUCAUCGGAAGAAGUUGAACUUGGCUAGUUCCACUAGUAUCACCUACGGAGCAAGAGAAGGAAGUGUUGGAUCUGCAGUCUUACAAUCUUGCACUACAUUCUUUUUCCUCUCCGAGGAGUUGUGUCUAAUACCCUACCAAACACUGGACUGCAUUUCAUGUGGACCUCUAAAAGUUUCAUUGCCUGCUCUUAGUAGAGGAAAGAGAUCUAGAGGUGAAAAGGAGCACACAACUUUUUCUGGCCUGUUUCCUCACUGAACCCACUCCCUUGUUGUCAAGAUGACAAAUAACUCUGCAGAUCAUCAUCCUGGGAACUCUGUGGCAGAAGGCAGCUAUGAAGGGGACUUUGGCUGCUCUGUUAUGGACUUACGAAAUCUUAUGGAGCUUCGCAGUGCGGAGGCAGUGACCCGAAUAAAUGAUACCUAUGGGGGAGUGCAUAAUAUUUGCAAGAGAUUGAAGACUUCACCAGUUGAAGGCUUGUCUGGGAAUCCAGCAGAUCUAGAAAAAAGAAGACAAGCAUUUGGCCAAAAUUUCAUCCCACCCAAAAAGGCCAAAACUUUUCUGCAGUUAGUUUGGGAAGCAUUGCAGGAUGUCACGUUAAUCAUCUUGGAAAUUGCAGCCAUAAUUUCUUUGGGUCUCUCUUUCUAUCAUCCUCCUGAUGGCGACAAUGAAAUGUGUGGACAAGCAAAGGGCAGUGCAGAAGAUGAAGGCGAGGCUCAGGCUGGCUGGAUUGAGGGAGCAGCUAUCCUCUUCUCAGUUAUUAUUGUGGUGUUGGUCACAGCCUUCAAUGACUGGAGCAAAGAGAAACAAUUCCGGGGUUUACAGAGUCGCAUUGAGCAGGAGCAGAAAUUUACUGUCAUCCGUAAGGGACAGGUGAUCCAAAUUCCUGUAGCUGAGAUUGUGGUUGGGGACAUUGCUCAAAUCAAAUAUGGAGACCUGUUGCCAGCAGAUGGCAUUUUGAUCCAGGGAAAUGAUUUGAAAAUUGAUGAGAGCUCUCUGACUGGGGAAUCUGACCACGUGAAGAAAUCUUUGGAUAAAGACCCUAUGCUGCUUUCUGGCACUCAUGUAAUGGAGGGCUCUGGUCGAAUGGUGGUGACUGCUGUGGGUGUCAACUCACAGACUGGAAUAAUUUUUACUCUUUUGGGUGCUGGAGAAGGGGAUGAGGAAAAAAAGGUCAAGAAAGGUAAAAAAACCGGAGCCCCUGAAAAUCGCAACAAAGCCAAAACUCAGGAUGGAGUGGCCCUGGAGAUCCAACCACUGAAAAGCCAAGAAGGGGUGGAAAAUGAGGAGAAAGAGAAGAAAAAGGUGAAGAUUCCAAAGAAGGAGAAAUCAGUGUUGCAGGGAAAGCUCACUCGCUUGGCCGUUCAGAUUGGAAAAGCAGGAUUGAUUAUGUCAGCAAUCACAGUUAUUAUUUUGGUGCUAUAUUUUGUGAUCGACACUUUUGGGAUUCAAGGAAGAUCAUGGAUGGCUGAAUGUACUCCCAUUUAUAUCCAGUACUUUGUCAAGUUCUUCAUUAUUGGUGUCACUGUGCUAGUAGUAGCUGUUCCUGAAGGCUUGCCCCUGGCUGUCACUAUUUCUUUGGCCUAUUCUGUGAAGAAAAUGAUGAAAGAUAACAAUCUGGUUCGGCAUCUGGAUGCUUGUGAGACAAUGGGAAAUGCCACCGCUAUUUGCUCAGAUAAGACUGGGACCCUCACCAUGAACCGGAUGAGUGUGCAAGCUUAUGUGGGAGACACCCACUACCGACAGAUUCCUGACUCAGACGCUAUUCUCCCCAAGGUCCUGGACAUUAUUGUCAAUGGUGUUUCAAUAAAUUCAGCCUAUACCUCUAAAAUCUUGCCACCAGAGAAAGAAGGAGGACUCCCACGUCAAGUCGGAAACAAGACAGAGUGUGCACUUCUGGGCUUUGUUCUGGACUUGAAGCAGGAUUAUCAAGCUGUCCGUAAUGAAGUGCCUGAAGAAAAGCUCUAUAAGGUCUACACCUUCAAUUCUUCCCGGAAAUCUAUGAGUACAGUGCUAAAAAACCAGGAUGGGAGUUUUCGCAUGUACAGCAAAGGAGCCUCUGAGAUCAUCCUACGCAAGUGCACAAAACUUUUGGAUAAUGGGGAAAUUCGAUUAUUUAAAGUGAAAGACCGGGAUGAGAUGGUGAAAAAAGUGAUUGAACCAAUGGCUUGUCAGGGGCUGCGCACUAUUUGUCUGGCUUACCGGGAUUUCCCUGCUGGUGUUGAACCUGACUGGGAUGCUGAAAAUGAGAUUUUGUCUGACCUUACUUGCAUCACUGUUGUUGGCAUUGAGGAUCCUGUUCGUCCAGAGGUACCUGAGGCCAUUCAGAAAUGCCAGCGUGCUGGUAUUACUGUCAGGAUGGUUACAGGUGACAACAUCAACACAGCACGUGCCAUUGCAACUAAGUGUGGGAUCUUGCUGCCUGGAGAGGACUUCCUGUGCUUGGAAGGGAAGGAAUUCAAUCGGCUCAUCCGCAAUGAGAAAGGAGAGGUGGAGCAAGAACAACUGGAUAAAGUCUGGCCGAAACUUCGAGUCUUAGCACGUUCUUCACCAACUGAUAAACACACCCUUGUGAAAGGAAUUAUCGACAGUACUGUUGGGGAACGGAGGCAGGUGGUAGCUGUAACUGGAGAUGGCACCAAUGAUGGCCCAGCCUUGAAGAAAGCAGAUGUCGGAUUUGCUAUGGGCAUUGCUGGCACAGAUGUAGCUAAGGAGGCUUCAGACAUCAUCCUGACAGCUGAUAAUUUUACAAGCAUUGUUAAGGCAGUAAUGUGGGGCCGCAAUGUGUAUGACAGCAUUUCCAAAUUCCUGCAGUUCCAGCUGACAGUAGUAGUAGCUGUGAUUGUGGCAUUUACGGGGGCUUGCAUCACACAGUAAAGAGAUUCACCUCUGAAGGCCGCAAUGUUGUGGGUGAACUUAAUCAUGGACAACCUUUGCCUCGUUAGCUCUGCCACAGAACCCCCUUCAGAGUCUUUGCUCCUGCGUAGGCCAUAUGGUCGCAACAAGCCACUGAUUUCCCGAACCAUGAUGAAGAACAUUCUGGGACAUGCCGUGUACCAGCUCAAUAUUUUCACAGUACUUUUUGCAGGUGAAAUUUUUUUUGAUAUUGACAGUGGCCGGUAUGUUCCCCUCCACUCCCCACCCACUGAGCAUUACACAAUUGUCUUCAACACUUUCGUCAUGAUGCAACUGUUCCAUGAAUCAAUGCUCGCAAAAAUUCAUGGGGAAAGAAACGUAUUUGACGCCAUCUUCAGGAAUCCAAUUUUCCUGUACAGUGUGCUAGGGAACCUUUGUUGUCAGAUUAUUAUUGUGGAGUUUGGUGGUAAACCAUUUGGUUGCUCUGGACUUACCUUGAGUCAGUGGUUUUGGUGUAUUUUCAUUGGUGUAGGAGAGCUGCUUUGGGGACAGUUGAUCAGCAGUGUUCCAACAAAUCAACUGAAGUUCCUGAAAGAGGCUGGUCACGGGAUUACCAAAGAAGAUAUUGCAGAAGAAGAGUUGAAUGAAGGCGUAGAUGAAAUUGACCAUGGUGAAAUGGAGCUUCGGCGUGGACAGAUCCUGUGGUUCCGUGGUCUGAACAGAAUACAGACUCAGAUGGACGUAGUUUACACAUUCCAGACCGGCGCCUCCUCUUUACAGGGAGCCCUCAGGAGACAGCCUUCCAUCGUGAGCCAACACCACGAUGUAAAAAAUGUUCCUUCUAAAUAUAUCAAGGUGGUGAAUGCGUUCCGUAGCUCCUUGUAUGAAGGCCUCCAGAAACCCGAAUCCAGAAGCUCCAUUCAUAACUUCAUGACUCAUCCAGAGUUCAUCCACGAGGAAGACGAGCCUCAGACCCCAUUCCUCGAUGGCACUGAUGAAGACUUGGAAGCUGAAGAACUUAAAAAGCAAAGUGAAGAGAGCCCAGGGGAGUCCUCACCCCUCAACACAAAUAACAAUGCAAUGGACAGCAAUAUAGCUGAGGACACCAUGCCAGAGCCAGAAAGCCCUUUACACAGCUUGGAAACAUCAGUUUGAUCUCUGAACUUUGACCUUCCUGCUUCCCCUUUCUCUAGGCAACAUAGGCACCAAUAUCUGACUAUACACUGCAGCUACUUUGGCCAAUUUCCUCUCCAUCCUCUUUAUGAUUUCUUGGCUGCAGAAAUCAUGGUAUCACCUGGGUAGAGUUGUAUUUUCAACAAAUUGCUUGGCAGAGGUGCCUCCCUCAUGAAAGAAAUCACCAGUGUGAUCAUCAUCUUCUCAAAUUGGGUAUCACAUGUCUGUAGUAGUAAAUUUUUCUCCUUGCUCAAGUUAUAUGCUUAAAUAGAGAAGCUCUAGAUACCCUUUAAAAGUUUGGUGUAUAGCAUCUAUGGCACAGUUGCAAGAUAUUUUCUUAAUUUUGUUAAUAGAAUCAGAAUCCUAGAUGCUUUUAUAUGUCCUUGGGAAGAUGACAAUGAGUGUCAUAGGAAUGUUGUUAAAGGUGGGGGGGUUUAAUCUGAGUAAGUUAGAUGUGAACCCAGUCUUACACAGAGCAAGCUGGGGAAGAUCUAGUAUCCAUUCUUAUACUAUUUUGCUUUUAUUAUCUCUUUGUUUCCAGGGUAGUAUCAGUCACAAAAGAUAAGGAGGAAUAUAUAGACAGUCUUAAAAUAUAUAUUUUUAAAAAGGAAUAAAGCUAAUCAUAAGGAGAUACAACAGUGUCGUAUAUCAUGAGAGAAUUAAAUGUUAAGGGAUUUGGUUUUUAAUGAAAAAUUACUUUUUAUGAUUUCAGAUCAAAAUAUUUUGGAAUUAUAUAUUAGCCGAGAUACGUUUAUGUACUACAUUUUAUUUGUUUAAUUGGAAUUUCAUCAUUCUGAACAUCAGGUGAAUAUGUCAUCAGUAUGGUGAACAUCUCAACCCCUCUGAUUCCAAACAAGAUGGAACAAGUAUUGGCUUGUUACUUCUGCCUAAUUUUUAUUUGGAUUAUUAGAAGCAUCCAGUUCUUUGGAGAGUGCAAGCUAUAAAUGCCAGCUCUAAUAAGAGUCUGUCAGUUCUUACCCUUUUUUAAUGCAUUUUGAAUGAUGAAGAGUGAAAAAGUACAGGAAAAUGUCUUGGCUACAAAUACCUACACAGAAUGUUUGUGUGUAUGGAAAAUGUAAAUGAAUCAGUUCUGUACAUUUGGGACAUACUGUGUAGUAUUGGGGCACAAAGCACUUUCCUUAAUUGAUAAGAAUAAGAUUCUCCCCGUUUCUUGUUAAACAUGCUUGCUGGUCUUAUCUUGAUACAGUUACAAUAUUGAGAUGCUGGUCUGGUGGGAGGUCACUAUUUCACCCUUACAAACCAUAGCCAUAUGGGCAGUGAAUAGGAUGUCCUGCUGAAACUGCUUGUAUCGAAUUUCUGCACGAGUAGUGGGGCAUCUAACCAAACAUGCACUAAUCUAGUCCCUUAUGUUAGUUCACAGUGCUUUUUUGGAAAGUACUACCUGGAAGCAAAAAGAACCUAACUGUUCCUACUUCUUUUGAAAGUUUUAUUGUCUGAUCAUCUUCCCAGGAUUCAAAUGUAUGCAAUUUUUUGCUGGAAUUGGGUUUUUUUUCAAACUGCUUUUCCCUUUCCCUUUGGAAGAAUGCACAGCAGAAACUCCUGUGCCUUGUCUAAGCACUUCCCAAAGCACUGCCUGUCAUAUUUGAGUCCAGUACUUUGCCAAGAGAGAAGUGUUCCUUAAGCAAACACAAAACGAACCAAGAAGGAAAGUCCCUUGAUUUCGACCCUUUAAGCCCAAAUCCUUCUAGCUGUUUGAUUGGUCAUUGAAUUUCAUCCUGAGCUCAAAGUAGACUGAUGAAGAUUCUUUUUCCAUAGCUGUUCUUUUCCAGGGUUGCUGUAAAGAGGACUUGUAUGCUGGGCUCAGCAAACUGCCAUUAUCUGGGGAAAACGUUCCACCCUCUGAAUUGCAACUAAGGCCCUAAGUCAUUCUCACCCCUCCUUCCAGAUACAUCAUUUCAUUCCUUUCAUCUGAACUAUAUAGAUUGGGAGGACUUAGGGGUGGGGGGAGCUCUGUUUCUUGUUGUGCAACCUAUCAGAUAAGGGGAAGGGCGCCCCAUUUCAUUUCAUUCUGUUCAAAAUAUUGCAAUGCUUCGAGGUCAUUUUUCUAUUUUAACUACUUGCAAAAAACAAAAGGGGGUUUAGGCACCUGUAUGAAUAUUUGUGAAUUAUUUGGGGGAGGGAUUACUGAUUUUAUUUUAUGUUUGGAUGAUUUUUUUAAUUCAAACAGUUUUUUUGAAGACGAAGAAACUCACUCCAACUAUCUGUAAUUGACAGAUUGCAGUGAGCUAUCUGGCCUACAUUUUUACCCAUUUUUUUCCUUUUUUCUGUCUAGUUUCCUCAGGGGACAGAGGAUAAUUAUAUAAAUAUUAUGCAAAAAAUAUAUAGUUUUCUUUAGAUCAGAAACGUAUAUUUUUAAGUCAGCCAUAUGUAUUUUGUUUAAAAGAAACAAAGCUGUGAGUUACGUAACUGCAGUGGAAUGUAGUCACAUGGCUGGCAGUGGAAAAUGAAUGUUUGGUCAGACUCUUGUCAGCUUCCUUUCUCUGAACAGCCAUCUUGUAAUAAAGUCAGUUGUGUUAUACAAAACUGUUUUUUAUAUAAAUUAUGUUGAUAUGGAAAUUUGCUUAAAGUAUAAGCGUUUUACCGUGCAUACAUUUUUAAAUGUAAAAUAGUUAAGUUUUUCCUAAUUUAGUUUUGGUUAUAAAAUUGGCUGAAGUUAUUCAAGAGCUGUAGAAUAUGCCGCCACAAGAGAGGACUUAAAAUGAAAGCAAGGAGUCCACUUUGCAAAUUUAUGGAUGCGCAAACUCGCCCAUUGGCCACCUUGCUGGUUCCGUUAAUACUUUUGAUCCUCUGCCUAAGGAAAAAGAGGGAUUUCUUUUCAAUUAAAUCCUUCCUUAUGUCAAAAUAGUUGAACAGUUCUGUCCAAAGUUGACUGCAUCAGCCAUCUGAGAAAAGGCAAGUAAACCCAGUUCAGCAAAGAUCAGCUCUUCAGUACAAAGUGCACACUUUAUUUUAUGUUAUGUUGUGUUAUUUUAUUUUUACCCUAUGCAGCAUUCUUCUGGAUGUAGCUAGCAUCCAAAUAAAGUGGUUCCUGCGAACAACUCCAUUUAUCAGUAUAGUCUAUCCUUGCUGGGUGGUGGUAGGUUAUAAUUUCUUACAACAGAAAGUAUGCCGUUAGAAACAAAACUAUAUUUGCAGGAAGCAAAUGAUAAUGGGAGGGAGAAAUAAUUCAUGAUUGUGCCAUGCCAGAUGGAAGAUGAAGUAGUAUCCUCUUGUGCACAUUAUUAUGCUUGGGAUGUUUUAUUUUUUAAAGAAAUGAACUGGGCCCUAGAGCAGUUUUUCAUCUGUUUCUUAAUAUAAUCUUUUUGUUAAACAAAUUGGCACAUUGGUACCAAAGACAUUACAUUAUUUCCUACGUGCAGUGAAAAAUAUCCAUUUUCAGGAGUUAAAACUGUGCAAUUGGUUCUUUUUAUUCUAUAGCACAGGGAUCUAGUUUAAUUUUUUAAGUUUUGUGCAAUACGUUUUAGGAAAAUAUUAUUUAAAAAGGCAUUUCUAAGAGGAAAACAAAUCUAAUUGUAAUUUUAGCCAUGGGCAAUCUAAAUGAAGAUUUAUACCAUAACCCACCUUUUUUUGGUAAUAUUUGAGCAGUAGUAUAAAACACAUUCAUGUAGCUUUUGAUCUAAGGACCGACACAAACACCCAUUAUAACCAGGCUGCAAGCAAAUCCACUAAAGAUCUCCAAUAAUUUCAAUUCAAUGACCGCAUAUUUAAUUUUUAAUGGAUCAGUAUUUGCUGAGCACUCCUAGUUCAGCAUUUGUUUUCUGACCCACCAUAGUUCUUGAUGAGAUUACAAUAAUUGUUGGGAUGGUUAUAACCCUAAGAACAGGCACAGCUUUAAAAUGUACAGGAAGACAAUUACAGCUUCUAGAUAUGUCAUGGAAAUCUUUUAUGAAUAAGCUUCACCAGACUCUAUAACUCUUUACGAAGGUCUUGAUGAAGGAUUCAUGGACAUCUAGUUCUACCACUAAAGAGAGGAAAUAAAUAGAACUCUCAGUUCAGUCCAUGAUGCUUUUAGAAUUGCUUCAAUAUUAAAAGUGAUAUAGCUGCACACUAAUACUCUAUUCUACUUAACUUUUUGUUGUGCUUUGUAGCUGCCGAUAUUCCUAGUAACCAAAAACAAAAGGAGUCCAGUCUACAGAUUCAUGUGCCCUUUAAACCCAUGGCUAAGACUACUUGUUCAGGUUUUUUUCUGCCCAUAAAUAAAUACAUAUAUAGUAUUAACAUAAGUACUGUAUAUGUGUUUAUUUAAAUCUCUUGAAAAGCAUGCAGAUAAGAAUUUUAAGUUUCCCCUUUUUCAAUAACUAGUAUAAUAAGCAAUGGUAUUUUUGUAUUAAAAAAAGAAAAAGACAAAACAAAAGACUGAAUAUUAUAUGGUAUGCAUGACAAAAUGGUUCUUAAAAAGUGUGGUUUCAAAGCAAUAUGUACCCUGGUGUGUUUGCCAUAUUCUAGAGUCUAGCUUAAAGUGCACCUGAUCUGUAAUAGCAUUUUGAUAUUAUUUAAUCUCUGUGUAAAAUGUUUUGCAUGUAUUUAUAUGGUUCUUGGGAUUUUUUUUUCUUUUUAGUUGUUCGGUAAAGAAUAAAGAGAGGGAUGGGGUUGGCAUGAUUGACAAAGCUUUUUCUGUAACAUUUGAAACUUUAAGUAUAGAUAAUGCUCUGAUUGGAAAC